AAAUCUAAAGUAGCUAUAUAAAUGCAGGCUACUGUUCAAAUUCCAGUGUUAAGAACGUCCAUGAUCCGGAACUUAAUACUAAUAGCAACUGUUUUGGUCGGGGAAAGGUACAUAGUGCUUUCCGGUCCAGACAAACUGUAGGGGGCCUACUUCCCCCUGGUUGGUUUUCCAUGGCUUGAGUCUAGGGGUAGGUGACCGUGGAAAUCAAAUUCCACUCCACCUUUUACGUUCGGUAGAGUAAGAAUGGGGACAGCUGCCCGUCCCAUCGGCAUGUUGGUCUGGGGCGUGGGGCGCAGGGGCAGAGGCCAAUGCCUUUUUCUACGCACGACCAAUGAUCUCGGAAAGCGACGGAAGCCGCACUGAGAGGAAGCCAGAGCUAGUUUCUGCCCGGAACCUCGUCCGAGUUGCUCUCUCGCGGAGUUGCGGCUGCGCGGUGAACCUCGUUGCCGCCGUCGCCGCCGCCGCUUUUGCCGCUGCUGCUGUUGCUCCUCUGGGGCUUGUCGCUCUCCUCUUCCUCAGCUCCUCGCUGUCCCGACUCCAGAAACCUAUGGAGUUUAAGAAAACAAUGGAUUUCAGUGGAAUUCACUAAAGAAUUUUGUGACUGAAAUUUUAAAAUGGUAAAAGUUGAACAGUGUGUGGUGUCUAACAAGCUACCUAGGAAGAGGCCAUAUAUUUGUAAUAUUUGCUUCAAGCACUUUGAAACACCAUCAAAAUUAGCCAGACAUUAUCUUAUUCAUACUGGUCAAAAGCCAUUUGAGUGCCAUGUUUGUCAUAAAACUUUUAGGCAACUAGUUCAUCUGGAAAGACAUCAGCUAACUCACAAGCUGCCAUUUAAAUGCAGUAUUUGUCAACGACACUUUAAAAAUCUAAUAACUUUCUUGAAACAUCAGCAGCUCCACAAUGAAACCUACCAGAGUGAUGUAAAGCCAGUCAAAAAAUUGGUGGAAUCCAAGCAAGAGAAACCAACUUAUGGAGUAUACCGUUCGUUUUCAACAGAAGAGAGGUGGGUAUUACACCCAUCUUCCAAAUCAGAUCAUGUGUAUGGCACUGCAAGGAGAAGAAAGAAAAUCCAUGCAUGUGAUACCUGCAGCAAGAUGUUUCCAUCCCGCUCAAAGCUGGAAAGGCACUUACUUAUUCAUACUGGCCAGAAACCUUUUAAAUGUUCUCUUUGCAGUAAGUCAUUUAGACAGUCAACUCAUUUGAAAAUCCAUCAGCUAACACAUACAGAAGAGAGACCUUUUCAGUGUUGUUUCUGUCAAAAGGGAUUUAAGAUACAGAGCAAACUACUAAAGCAUAAACAAAUUCAUACCAGAAAAAAGAAUUUUCAGACUAUUUCAUUCAAGAAAAAGAGUCCGGAGCCACGCUCAGUACCAAUUAAAUUAAAUUUAAAGCAGGACGGUUUUGAAAGUAGUGACACACAAGAAUCUGAGGAGAAUACACCAAUUGAUGUUGACUCUAUUUAUAUUGUCCCUUUUCAGUGUCCAGAAUGUGAGCAGUGUUUUGAAUCAGAGCAGAUUCUCAGUGUUCACAAAUGUUUGCAUGCAGCAGAUACUAAAAAUACAAACAGCUUCAAAAGAAACCACAACUACAAAACUAAUGUUAAAGGUAAAGUUUUGGCUAAGCUUAGGCGUCCUGGGGAUAAGCAGUUAGAUGCCUUUCGGUCUGACAAAAAGAAAUUUAAAACUAGGUUCUUGAAAAAUCGUGAUGUUCUUGGGGAGCAAAGCUCUGAUCAGAAUGCCUCACCUAAAACCUUUAAGAGUCCUCAUGGCAAAUUUGGGUCUUAUAAGAAAGUUAGUAGUAGUAAAAAGAAAAGACAUUUGCCAUUUUCCUGGCAAAAGCAACUGCAGAGCCCUAGUACAGAAAUCAGUUUGAAAGGUACUAUUAAUAGUGAAGGUAUUAUAAAUGUAGAUGAUUCGGUGAAUAAUGACAUAACAAUUUAUAAUCCAUCUGGUGAGGAGUUCUUUGAUGAUCCUGAAGCGCUUCAACAUGCGCUUUCAGCUCCCUCUGAUGAUAUGCAUACAAGACAUAAAAUGUGUCCAUGUGACAAAUGUGAAAAGGUUUUUCCUUCAAUAUCCAAACUUCAAAGACACUAUCUAAUUCACACUGGUCAGAGACCUUUUGGCUGUAAUAUUUGUGGGAAGUCAUUUAGACAGUCAGCUCACUUAAAAAGGCAUAAGCUCACUCACAUUGAAAAAAUUCCUUUUAAAAGACCUAUUUACCAGGUAGAAUUUGAAAAUUUAAACAAACUUUUCACUCAUCAAGGAGAUAAUUCUCAGUUGGUGGGUUAUUCCGAGGCUUCUGAUGCACAAGAAUAUGAGGUGACUGACUCAAGUGAAGUAACAGAAUUUAAAAUUAGUACAGAAUCAGGGGAUUUCAUAAUUGUCACCCAAGGUAGAAACAUGCAGCCCUGUCUGUCUAAGAAACUGUUGGAGACAGAGCAGAGGCGUUAUAGCCGUUACCAUGGCUAUUCAGGAAGUUCUGAGAAGAAUGAAGGCCUGCUUUACCAGUGUAGUGUUUGUUUUAAAAGUUUCAGGUCUCCAUCCAAACUUGAAAGACACUAUUUAAUACAUGCAGGACAGAAGCCAUUUGAAUGUUCAGUGUGUGGCAAAACCUUUAGACAGGCACCCCACUGGAAGAGACACCAGCUUACUCAUUUCAAAGAGCGACCAUAGGAAAAUAUGGUUUUCUUAAAUUUGGUUAUGUGACUGACAGAAUCACCACAAUUGGUGCUAGGCAGACCGCUGGCAGUUUCCCUGGAGAUUUUGUUUUUAAAGUCUAUUGCAUUUGGAAUGUGUGAUUAUCAGUGGGUCUACGUUAGCUGAAAGGCAGGGACUAUGUCUUAUUCAUCUUUGUAUGCAUGCCUUUCAGCACCUAGCAUAGUGCCUUGCAUAUACUAGGCCUCAAGUGUUUGUUGAAUUGAAUGGAACUGAAAUUGAGUGAAUUAAUAUGCAAUUGCUUGUCAUGCAUGGUAAGGUCAUAGGAUGAGAAAAUAGUAACUAUAUUGUGUAUGAGUACCCACCCAUUUAAAAAAAUGAUACUUGAGUGUCCAGUGUUUUAUUUUAAUGUUGCAAAUUCAUGUGGUGGCUAUAUUAAAAAGUAUUAUUGAAAAAUCACAA